AUGGCAGGGCGUGCUGUGCCCACGCGCACUAUUGUGGUAUUGCUCAUGAAAGAAGACAUAGAUGCCACAGAGGAAUCUCUCCUCGACCAGGGCUUCCUCACUUGGGAAGCGCCCGAGGUGGGUCACGACGUAACCGAGUUAGAGCGAAAGGGGUUCCCUUUCUGGACCGAGGAAGGCCUUGAUUUGUGUAAGGAGCGCGUCCUUUACGAGCCCCGCGUCCGUUCUCUUCUCGAAUCUUUAUUUGUAGGAAGGUGUGUUCUUGUGCAUUGGGUGCGAUACACAGCCAAACCGGGCCGCAUCAUCUGCUUCAGAGGCGGUGGCCCCAAAGCCCGUAGCCCUCGGUUCAUGGUGCAAUUACUGGCCAAAGGAUCCCGGGUAGUGCACUACAGUGGUUCGCACCUGAUCGAGUUGCCCGUGAAGGAAACGGAAUACCUCUUUUACGAAACACUUCAACCAGACCUGGAUCAAGCGGGCUUGUCAGGCAAAGAGUAUGAAUCCAAGAACGGAAGCAUAGCGAUACUCGACGCACGAUUGCGGUUCGAAAUCAAGCAAGGUUUUGCAAUCACUUUCGUAUUUGCUACGGAGGAUGUGCUCGCCAAGUGGCCUCCGAUGUUGCUUCCCGGUCACUUGGCUCUGCAACAAAAGGUACGAGACGAGAUGGAAAGCUCUAGUGUUGGCGUCAAUUUUGCAUUUGCGAGUCCACGAGCAGAGACACCCUCGAGAUAG